GCUCACUCACUCCCUCGCUCGCUCGCUCGCUCCUCCUGGCAGAAGAUUGAGGCGCGUUCCUUUCUCCGGGUUUUCCAUCCAUCCAUCCUUACGAGAUUGAGAGAGAGAGAGAGAAGCCCAUCCAUUCCAUAACACCCUCCUGGCUGCCUGGCGUCGGAAGCCGGAGGGUGGCUUAGGAGAGGCGAGAAGGGAGAGGCGCAGACCAUGGGAAGGACCCGUCCCUCUCCUCCCGACGUGGGCUGCUAGCAAGUGAAAGGAGGCUUGGAGGAGGAGGAGGGAGAGGGAGCGCCCCGAGGAGUCCAGUUUGGAGAGAGAGAGAGAGAGAGAGACACUCCCCCUCGGACUCAACCGCACGAGGGUUUGAAGGAGGCGAGCGGCGCCUCUGCCUUGCUCCUUGUUUUGGGGCGCUUCUUUUGGGGAGCAUGCCUUUUGCCAAGCGGACGGUGGAGCCCCAAUGGCUCUACCGGCAGCAGAGCCUGGCCUCGGUGCUGGAUGAGGAGCCGCAGCCCCGGGAAGGAGGAGGAGGAGGAGGAAGCAGCAGCAGCAGCAGCCUCGGAGGGCAGAUGGAGCAGGAGGAGGACGAGGCGGACCCGCAGCUGGGGGAAGCCCAGGAGGGCUCCGAGGAGGAAGAGGAGGAGGAGGAGGAGGAAGGGGGCGAGGAGGUGGUGGCAGGAGCGUGCCCUCCUCCGCCCGGGCUGGCGCUGGCCCUGCCGGAGGGCAAGGCGGGGGCGGCGAGGAGGGCGCGGAUGGUGCGGGACCUGGGCUCGCUGAGCAACGCCGCCCUGUCGCGGGUCCUCCGGCAGCUCUCCGACCUGGCCCGCCACGCCUGCGCCCUCUUCCAGGAGAUCGAGGGCGACCUGCAGCACAGCCACCGGCGCCUCCGGGCCCUGCAGGGCAGGCUGGGCGCCGUCCAGGGAACCCUGCGAGGCAUGGACCCCAAGCUGGAGCCCGUCCCUGUUUCAAACCUGGAUGCCGAAAGUAAACUGAGUGUGUACUUCCGUGCCCCUUGGCAUCAACAGAGAAACGUUUUCCUUCCUUCCACCAGGCCGGCUUGUGUUGAGGAACUGCAUCACCAUGCAAAACAGAACUUGAGAGCCUUGAGAAGGGAGCAGCGAAACCGGGGUGAGAACAGAGAACAGAAAACCCAGAGUCAAAUCUCAGUGGUGGCUCCCCCAUUUCCUUCUUUCCCUGUGACCUACAAUCAGAAACACAAAGAGGCAAAGGAUCGUCACGUGCUAAAAUUUUACCGCACCCGCUCGCCCUCCCCCACUGAGUGUUGCCACAUGACCCCAUGGAGUAGAAAGUCCCACCAUCCAGAGGAAGAAGACGCAGAUGUCAUGUUAGGGCAGAGGCCGAAAAAUCCAGUACAUAAUAUCCCUUCUACACUGGAUAAGCAAACCAACUGGAGCAAAGCACUUCCUCUCCCAACUCCAGAGGAGAAAAUGAAACAAGAUGCCCAAGUGAUUUCCUCUUGCAUUAUCCCCAUCAAUGUCACUGGAGUUGGUUUUGACAGAGAGGCUAGUAUACGCUGCUCUCUUGUUCACUCACAAUCCGUGCUACAGCGGAGACGGAAAUUGAGAAGGAGGAAAACCAUCUCUGGCAUCCCCAGAAGAGUCCAACAAGAAAUAGAUUCUGACGAAUCACCAGUAGCAAGAGAACGGAAUGUGAUUGUGCAUGCAAAUCCAGACUUCUCUAAUAACAUCAACAGGAGAUCAGGUACCAGGGAUUCUGAGUGCCAAACAGAAGAAAUCCUCAUUGCUGCUCCGUCCCGGAGAAGAAUCCGAGCACAGAGGGGUCAAAGUGUUGUAGCCUCCCUGUCACAUUCAGCUGGCAACAUAUUGGUGCUGACAGACAAUGGUGACAACAUGUUUACAACAUCAGUAAGCAACCGCGUACGAUCAAGGAGUCUCCCUCGUGAAGGUGCUAGAGCCAAUGAAGUGGACCACCACAAGACUGGUGCCAAAGUAUCGGCAUACGAGGCAGAACACUUUUUAACAAGCCAAGAAAGAAUAUCUGCAAAGAGUAAAGAUGCCAUUAAUAAUCCAUGUUUGCAAGAACACCAUCCCAUAGGUUUAAAGUGUUCUCAGCAUCUUCACAGUCCAGAUCACAACUCCAAUGAGAGGGGGAGAUCAAGGUUAUCAAGGAUGGUCGAUUCCGGAAGCUGUGAUAUCUCAUCAAAUUCUGACACCUUUGGAAGUCCCAUUCAUUCCAUCUCUACUGCCGGAGUUCUUCUCAGCAGUCACAUGGACCAGAAAGAUGAUCACCAAUCAUCUAGUGGGAACUGGAGUGGGAGCAGUUCAACGUGUCCAUCCCAGACAUCAGAAACUAUUCCUCCUGCUGCUUCUCCCCCACUGACUGGUUCUUCACACUGUGAUUCAGAAUUAUCGCUUAACAUUGUUCCCAGUGCCAACGAGGACUCAAACGUCUUCAUAACAGAACACUAUACUGAUCAGAUAGAUAAGAUUAGAGGCCACAGGGCAAGUUCUUUCACUUCCACUGUAGCAGAUCUACUGGAUGACCCUAAUAAUAGCAACACAAGUGACAGUGAAUGGAAUUACUUGCAUCAUCAUCAUGAUGCAUCCUGUCGUCAAGAUUUCAGUCCUGAACGUCCCAAGACAGACAGCCUGGGAUGUCCAAGUUUUACAAGCAUGGCCACUUAUGAUAGUUUCAUAGAGAAGACCCCAUCUGAAAAGGCAGACACUAGCUCACACUUUUCUGUUGACACUGAAGGCUACUAUACCUCCAUGCACUUUGACUGUGGUCUCAAGGGAACUAAAAGUUAUGUUUGUAACUAUGCAGCUGUGGGAUCCGAGAGUGGCCAGAAUGCAAGUGUUGCCUCCAGUUUUACUAACUGCACCUGGCAGGAUUAUGUCAAUCACAGGAGGCACGGAAAGCAGAGCAUCUCUCUUAAGAAACCAAAGGCAAAGCCAGCCCCACCAAAACGCAGCUCAUCUUUAAGGAAACCUGACAGCAGCACAGAUCUUCCUGAGAAGAAAGAACCAAAGAUAAGCAGUGGGCAGCAGCACAUAUCUCAUACAUCCAGGGAAAUGAAGUUGCCCCUUGAGUUUGCAAAUACACCUUCAAGAACAGAAAAUGCUAAUUUACCAAGCAAACAGGAGCUCCCCUGGGAUAAUCAGGAUGAGAGUGGAUUGAAAGAUAUUUCAUAUGACACCAUAGACAUCCCAUCCUUUAAAGAUGAAGGUGCUGAACAAUCUCACUAUGCAGAUCUCUGGCUUCUAAAUGACUUGAAAUCUAAUGAUCCUUAUAGGUCUUUAUCCAAUUCUAGCACUGCUACGGGUACUACAGUCAUAGAAUGCAUAAAGUCACCAGAAAGUUCAGAAUCGCAAACAUCGCAGUCUGGAUCGCGAGCCACCACUCCUUCCCUUCCUUCUGUAGAGAAUGAAUUUAAGUUGGCUUCCCCAGAAAAGCUGGCUGGUUUAGCUUCUCCUUCAAGUGGUUAUUCCAGCCAGUCUGAAACACCAACAUCAUCCUUUCCUACAGCUUUCUUUUCUGGACCCUUAUCCCCAGGGGGAAGUAAAAGGAAGCCAAAAGUUCCAGAAAGGAAAUCCUCCUUACAACAGGCUUCUAAGGAUGGCAACUUCUCUCUAAAUAAAGAUCUUGAACUUCCAGUUAUACCUCCAACUCAUCUUGACCUAAGUGCUCUUCACAACGUCCUGAUUAAACCCUAUGCUCACAGACAUCAACUACAUGCUUUUAAUAACAACAAACCGAACGUGGUAGAAGAAGCACUGAACUCGAAUUCUCCACCAGCUCUUGCUAUUACGCCUUCAGUCCUGAAGUCUGUACAUCUUCGAGCAAUCAAUAAGCCUGAAGAUACAAAACAUAAAGAUAAUACAGACUUCCUCCACAUUCAAGCAAAAUCUUCAAUGGUGACUGCAAUUUCUUCAGGUAGAAUGAAGCCACAUGGAAGUAAGAAACAAAUAUCACGCCAGUAUUCCAUGGAAGAGGCCAUAGUGUCCUAUAUCAAUCCUUCUCCAGUGCAGAUAACUGCAGAACAACUGCAAGCAGAUGAUGAUUUGAUUUUCAGUGAAAAGAAUGCCUGCCAAAAGACCCUAACCUCAGUAGAUAUGGGUGCUCCAGCAACUAAAUAUAUAACAGACAAAACACACUCGGUUCAUGAGUUUUUAAUAGGAAGUACUUUAAAUAAAACCUGCAGCAGUUGUGCUGAACGGUUUCCACAGGGCACGGGAGGACUAUCCAGCAAUUCUGAUAGGAAGAGAACUACUUGUGGAUCAGAAAAAGAUAAGAGACUUGACCCUGUGCAGAAGCUUCAGCAAGCACUACCUGCACACUGUGAAAAAAAGUUAGAACCCCUCAAUGAAGGUACGCUCGAAUCUAACCCCUCAUCUCGGGAAGCAGACAUCAGUUAUCAGCUAAAGCAUCAGCUCAGUCUAAGCCAAUGUGAUGACAAAGUGCCUGGGAAUAUCAGCUAUGAACCGGAGAUCUCAACUGUAGAUUCACUCAGUGGCAGAUAUACUGAGCAAGAAAACUAUACUAUGUCAGGUAUUCCAACCAAAAGUGCCUCAGAUGACAAAGACAGGAGAGCAGCUGAGCUACAAGAGACUCCAGAAGAAGACAUCUUCAAAGAAUUUUCUCCAAGCGAUGAUUCCAUAAUCUCACCCUUAAGUGAAGAUUCCCAGGCUGAUCCAGAAGAUGUUUUUGUGUCUCCAAAUAAACCCCGAACAACAGAGGACCUAUUUGCAGUCAUUCACCGAUCAAAAAGGAAAGUACUUGGAAGAAAGGAUUCUGGAGAGACUUCUACCAGGAACAAAUCAAGAGCUUCAUCUAGUACUAGCAGUGUGUCUCCUGCCAGCAGCACACCCCCUGCAGCUAACGUUCCCCCUCCUCCAAGUGUCGCAAGCCCAGUGUGCUCUCAGAGAUCUCCUGGACUUAUUUACAGGAAUGCCAAAAAGUCCAAUACGUCAAAUGAAGAAUUCAAACUGCUGCUCCUGAAAAAGGGCAGCCGGUCUGAUUCUAGCUAUCGGAUGUCAGCGACCGAAAUACUGAAGAGUCCAGUUUCACCCAAAUCUCCUGGAGAAUUACUUGGAGAUACUCUACAAAACACUGAUGAGUUUUCCCAAGCCUCAUCAAGCAUCGAGGCAUUCACUCCUCUCUCUCCUUGCCCCCCAAGAAUAAAUCCAGAAGGGGGUUCCUCCAAAAACUUUCCUACAUCAGCAUCAUCACGGGUAGGACGGUCAAGGGCACCUCCUGCAGCCAGCAGUAGCCGAUACAGCGUUCGCUGCAGAUUGUACAACACCCCGAUGCAAGCCAUUUCAGAAGGAGAGACUGAGAAUUCUGAUGGGAGCCCUCAUGACGAUCGAUCUUCUCAGAGCUCUACAUAGGCUACGUAGAGGCUGGAGCACACUUCUGACUGUUAAAUGGGGAACUUCACAUUCACUUGGCUCGUGUGAAUAUAAAAAGCCAAUUCUGUAGCAGCCAAAAACCAUGCAGGGCAAUACUGAUGCUUGAAAACGCGAAGGAAGGCUGAGAGACUGGAAAAAAGAGAAGAUGAUCUGUAGCUAUUUAUUACUUCACAUUUUCUAUAAGUAGAGGCAUAUGCUGAAAAAGUUAACUUUGGUUAACUGUCAAUCAUUACUCUCAUGUUUCCUGCCAUUGAUGUAGAUUUCCAUUAUCCGGUUUUCAGAACUCCCUCUUCCACUCCAAAGAUGCCAUCAAAACGUAAAAAAUGAUCCUCACUGUUGUGCUUCCCUAAGUGGGAAAACAUAAAAUCGCUUGAGGAAUUGGUAUUUUUUUACACUAAAAUGAAGUGAAAUGAAAUUUAGAAGAUACAAACAAAACAGAUGUACAUAUCCAUAUUUUUGAUAAAUAUUUGUAAAUAGAGUUAUUGGAGAGUCAGAAAAAAGUGGUUGGUGGCAAAUGAUAACUUUGUUGAAAGACAAAAAAUGGAUAAGGUUAUUGACUGUAUUCUGUGAAUACAAUUUUCAUAUCAAACAUAAUUUACAUAUCUACCACAACCACUUGCAGUUAAAUCAUUAAGCCUCUAUCAUGAAUUUUAACACUUGAAUUAGAGGAAAUCCUCAAUAUAAAUAAAAAGUUAUCAUAUUAAAUAGUAUCCGAUUAAUUCUCUUCCCAAAAUGCUUAUAUGAAAUUGCAACUUGUGGCAGAGGCUUAUUUGGCAGGCACUACAUAUCCAAACUGUUUAGAAACCAGAUUUUCCAUUGUGGCUUCUUCCUCCUGCCCCACAUCCCAAACCAUGGCCAAAAAUCCUGAGAAAUAUAGUCAUGCAAAAGCAUGGCUGGUUUGCUGACAAAAAAGCCAGCCAUUAUAUUGAACAAGUUAGUGCCCUUGUCUCUUAAACAAUCUACCAUAUUUUUGAACCAUCCUAAAUUACUUCAUUUUUAUGGUAACUGGCUCAGGUCCAGACAUCUUUCUUCCCCAAACAUGUUUACAUGUGAAAGAUUAAUAAUAGAUUUACCUUCCAAAAGCAUCCCAAACAGACCUGCAGAAUGUGCCGGUAAUAUAGUCUUUCUUUAGCAGACCAAUGGACUGUCUGUCUCCCAGACUGACAUAUGAUGGCAAGACAUUGCAUUGAGCAGAUAACAUUUCAAGCCUAUGUAGGGUCCAUAUAAACAGGAAAAAAACAAAAAGCUGACAGUGAGGAGAAAAGAAACAUACCCCUUCGAUUAAAACCCUAGCAACUCUUACAGAUCAACUUGAACAGAUUAGUCUAAAGUGGUUUUCAAACAAAGGAGAAUCAUAUUGACCAAGUUUCAGCCAGAAAUUUUUAAAAUACUGGCAUACAGCUCCCAGAAUCAUCCAGGCAACGAAGUCACUUGUCAUACUGCCUGAGGGAUGCAGCUGGGAGUACUACGUAAAUAAGUAACUUUUCCAAAUACUGAAUUUAACUGGCAACACAAAUAAAGAGUAACAAAGAAAGAAAACAACAACAACAGCAAUAACACGUAGCAUGGGAGAAAUGCAGAUUAGUAAGAACAACCAAACACAAAGAUUGUGCAAUAUUUCAAAAUUCUAAAGAUUAAUGUAAUUAUGAUUCCAUUAUUUUAGAUUCAGUAUGAAUGAGAAAAAGUAAAGCAGUGAAAAAAUUCAAAGGAAAAAAAUGACUUGAUCUGGAGCAGAACAGAUAGGGAGAGCAGAGGAAGCAAGGUUAAAUUGGUGCUGUUUUCUCUGCUGGUUUCUCCAUAUCAAAAAGGCUAUCAGUUUGGAUUAUUCCUGAUCUUGCGAUCUUUGGAGGUUUGGAUAUAAGUAUUCUUUCUCCACCGCUUGAAACUCAAUGUGAGAUUAAAUAUCUCUCAGAAUGUAGUACUGCAGAGUGUGGUGGGCUCUCCUUCAUUGGAGAUCAUGUGGGGGGGAAAGUUAUUCAGGAAUCUCUCAGACCAUCAAGAUGUAUUGGCAUGAGGUGUUAAAUCUUCCCUUCUCCUCACUUUUGCUCUGGUGGCUUCUGAAUAAUAUAUAAAGAUCUUUUUCAGAAGAAGAUUUUUUAUAGGGAAUUGCUGUGGUAAAUUGCCUUUUAAUACACAAAAAAACACAAGAAAAGGGGGUAUGUUUGGCGCUGAAAUGAGAUUUAAGUACUUAUAUCGAGCGUAUUUAGAACAUAGUCAACAAACACCCUUUAUUCUUUGUGAGAAGAGAUAUUCCCACUGCAUUUUUCUAUAGCUCACACACUAAUUCUAUACACAUGCCCAAGGAGCUAAUCCCUAAUGAAAUUAAAGAGCCUACAUCUGGGUGGUUUUGUAAAGAAUGGGGCCCUACAGUUUACUUUAAGACAUAAAUUGAGACUUUCAUGGGUCUCCAUAGCUAAUAAUAAGGAAUUUGUGGAAAUUGUAGAACAAUGCUAGUCGAAGUGAUGGUCUCCAGAUCUAUGUGUGAGCCAUUUGUCACAAGUCCACAGCAAAAUUCCAGAGAAAGAAAGGGAAAAAGAGUUGUGGCCAAUGAGUCCAAAUAUGGUGCCAGUCCCUAUAAUAUUAGGAAAAGAACCUCUUGAUCAUUCACAUCCCUGAGAAAUAUUGGUCUAGAAUAUCCCCACUUAUGCCUGAUUGUUUCUUCUGAAGGGAUAAAAGGACAAGCGGGAAGUCUAAGGGCCCUUCCACACAGCCAUAUAACCCAGAAUAUCAAGGUAGAAUUACCCACAAUAUCUGCUUUCAACUGGAAUAUCCAAGUCCACGCUGUCAUAUAUCCCAGUUCAAGCAGAUCAUGUAGGAUUUUAAUUCAGCUGUGUGGAAGGGGCUUUAGAGGCCGAAGAACGUGUUAGAAAGUAGUUUUAGCAUUGUCCAGAGUGAUCCAAUUUGGAAGCAUAAAAAAAGCUCACAUCUUCCCAUGCAGCUUACUUGACCCCUUCCUCCAAGAAACAAAAAUAACAUUAAGAAAAAUAAUUGCACAGAUAGGAGAACUAGUAAGGAGACAACUGGAGAAGUCUGUCUUGGGCAGCAUAUAUCGUGUCCAGGGAUCUCCAGGUACAGUUCUUAGCCACCCUCCCCUACUUAAUUACCAUUUCAACAAUACAAAGAGGUGGUAGUUCAAGCUAAGAGAAUAUGGCAGGCCCAAGAUAAGCUACAAACCUAAACUGAAGAUCUAAACUUGGAAUUUGAAUCAAAUUUUCAAAAUAUGUUACCCCUCUCCAAUGAAGGUUGGAGUCAACUAUUCAAUUCUUUGAGAACUGCAGAAAUAUCUAUCUGAAGCUUUAACCCAGCACAUAUUGUUCAUGCCUCAAGGGGAUGGUCAGGAUAGGAGAAGGCCUGUUGAAAGAAAACAUGGGUUGCAUCCAGACUAAGACUGGAUCUACACUGCCAAAUAAUACAAUUCAAACUGCAUCAUAUAGGUCUGCACUGACCACAUGAUGCAAUUAAAACUCUUAUUUGGCAUUGUAGAUCCAGCCCAAAUAAUCUUUUCUAGUUGAUCCAUUUACAUCUAUGGGUGGGAUUUACAUGUUGCCAAGAACAAUUGAAAGAUACCACAAGAUUAAUUCAGUUCAGCUCCUUGCCAUAUGGGAAUACACAAUCAAAGCACUCUCACCUUAUGUCUAUCCUACCUCAUUUUUAAAAAUCUUUGAAGGAGAAGACUCCACCACACCCCAAGGCAGAAAAAUAAAAUAAGGACACAAGAGUGAAGCAAUUUCCAAUUUGGGAACUAAAGGGAUAGGCCUGCAAUAAAUAUUUCCAUACAAACUUUAAACUUGCCUAUGGCCAGCAUAACGUUGUGUUUCAACACAAGAAAGAGAUUUCCAGUGUUAUACUCAGUUCCAUGAACUGAAAUUAAGACUUUAGUCUCAUGUAUGCACAGAUAUUCAUGGAGAUUAAAACAAUCAUUUUUUCAAAUUGGACGAGCAAGGAAUUCCUGGAGGACAUUUCUUUCCUCACUAAACCUGCAGAAAACAUGUUCUCCUCUCUACAUCUAGAGUACAUUAAAGCCUUAAGAGGCUUUGUUUCUCAUAGGAGACAACGAACUCUUUCAAAGGGAAAGAAAUCAUAUGUCCCACCUUUAUAGGAAAAUACCUGAACUUGUUUUCAGAUGUUUUUGGUAUUGAGAGGGACCAUGGAGUUCUAAUCUACCAUUCAUUUACCACGUUGGGGAAAGUGAAUCAAAAGUAGCUUCAGGUUUACUGGAAAGAAAGGAAUGCGAUCUCUCCUCUUGUUCUGAGCAGCAUGGACAUGAAGGAUAAUCUACUGGGCAGUAACAGGUUAGGAACACAUUACUUGACUGCACAUGCAAAUAAAAUGCUAAAAGUGGCAAUUGUGGGGAAAAGAGGGAGGAAAAAGUGGCAGCAAAGGACCUUCAGAAUAAUAAAGAAGAGGCCGAGAUGGUCCAGACCCAUCCAGUCAUUCACCUAAGCAGGAAACAAUUAUGGUUCAGAAAUGAAGUCACACACCAGUGUAAUCAUCUGAAAUAUUUCUCCUUGUUUUGAGGAGUGGCAAUGAGCUGAACAACCCAAUCAUUAUCUUGUUAUGGUGAAUGAUGGGCCCUAAUGGCCCUGUGCCAUUGCAUAUAUCACUGGCAUCAUGGAGGGAGGCUGGCCUGCUGGCAACCCUGCUAACUCCAGUAAGCCCCAGAGUUGGUGCCAAGGCUAACUGACUCCUAUACCAGUUCCCUAGUGAUGGCCCUACAAAUAUAGUCAAUUUGCACUGGCAGGUGUACACAUUAAUACCUAAUCACAUGAAGUAUUAAGUUGCUGGCUUGUUUUCUCUAAGGUAACAACCAGCUCUGCACCAAGGAAGAAGACCACAUUCAUGGCUGGAAGUUGUUCUCCAAACAAUACUCAAUCAUGGAUAUUGUUUCAGUUAUCGGCAUAAAAAAUAGAAAUCAAAACUCCAAGGCUAGGAAAUAAAGUCAUUUCUUGGAAAUCACCUGUCAUAAUCAUACCUGCAGAUUUUGCAUUUUAUCCCCCAAACUAGAGACUUAUUCUGGAAACCUAGAGUUUGUGAUUAAUCUAACUACUUCACACUUGAGCACCAAGAAAAUGAUUUAAGCCUUGGGAUAAUGAUAUCAUAGUUAAAGGGCACUCAAAUGUAACAUCUAUGGAACCAAUCCGUAACUGUAAUUCUCAGGAUUUCACAGGGGAAGCCACAACCAUUUAAUAGACUUCAAACAGAUUUAAAUAUGUAGUGUGCCAAAAAUAUAAUAUUGUUGUCUGAGAUAAAAAGCACACUUUUAAUAUGGAAAAAAACCUCUCCUUCUAAAGUAACAAGUUUUUCUAUGAUGUCAAGCAGUUAAUUUGGGCAAUGACUGCGAAAGAAGGGGAGAGUUUAAGUAAUUGUAAUUACUUAAUAUUUGUUUCAUAUUAUUAUUACCACUGCUAGGCUGAUGAAAGACCUAGUCAUAACCUAAUAACUAAAAAUUUAAAACAGGAUUAGUUUUAUAUUUAUAAACUAACUAUUAAGCAUGCAACAAAUGCUGUUGAUUCAUCAAUAAAAUUGUAUAACAACCUUUCAGUGAAACUUUGUGUGCAUAACAUUCAUGCUACCUAAAUGUUUAGAGAAAUGACACUGUGAAAAAAUAGCUGAGAAAUAGGCGUAUGCAUACACACUUUAUAUAGCUUACUAAAAUAGGAAUGAGGAAGCUCUCUGAUCCAUUACAGAUCAGUUUCCUUCUAUACUAGUUUUACCAGAAAUGCUUUACUGGAUGAGAAUUUAUCGCAAGUGGGAUAAAGAAUCAGAAUAAAUAUUAUUAAUAAAAUAAAGGCAGGGAAACAAAAGACUGGAUUACUUGAAGUUACUUGAAUUUUCUUGUCACAAAAAAUUGAUGUGAGAUCAAAUUGGGUUUUUAAAAGCAAAACACUGAUAUGCACAAAAUAAUAUCGCUUUUUUCAUUGAUACAUCAGUUUUCCAGUUGCAGUACAAUCCAAAAUCAGAUAGAUAUUCAGGCCAGGUUUUCCCAAAUGCAGUCUGCUGCUAUUAAUUAACUGCAGAAAUAAUUAAUGGCAGAAUAUAAAUAAAGAGCCAUUUAGAAAAGGAAUGUGUGUGAUGUGCAGUACUGAUUGAUCAGAAUGGCUGGAUGAAGUUGGUAGUCACUAGUAGGUCAAUGAGUAAGGUAGCUUUAAGAAAAAAAAAGUUAUUUUUAACAUGAACAUGUGGAAGUGGAAACCAGGAGAAGGAUUUAUGUUUAUUUGCUCAUUGUGAUAGAUUGACAGGUAUAUUGCACCUGGAGUUGAAGUGAUCAAAUAAAUGAUGAGAUCCAUUCAAAAUCAGGUAUCAGAUUUUCCUUUGUCGGAGAUUCAUGGAAAUAUACUAUGUUUUCAAAGAGUCUCUUGCAGCCUUCCAAUGUGGGAAGAGAUGGUUGGUCAGCAUGUGUAUAGAAAGACUAGUGAGAUCAGGAUUAUUUGCCCCAUACUAGGUUUUGCCCUUCUGGCAAGAAGUGUCUAGGAUGGGCAAACUGAACUGCUGAGCCAUAAUGCCAUCACAAAUUGUGAAGACAUCCUGGCACCAGGCAAAGAUUUUAUGCAGGUAGAGUAGGCAGAUAUGUUGAGACAAAUGUUUAGGAGUUGCUUGCCAGAAAGCAAAAAAGGAUUCAAACCUACAUACUUUGCAGAGGUGUGUAAAGGAAAAGAGUUAGUGCAUUAGAAGCAAGCCUUUUCCAUUGCAGUUAAAUAGGCAAGCUCUGAAGAGUGGUUAUGAAGCAAGUGAAAUGGAAUGCAUUUGUGAGCUAACAAAGUCUGCAUAGCUUUAAAAAAGGAGAGCGAAGAAAGAAUAUUAACUUGAUAGCAGAGGCACAAGUGCCAUUUCAGAAUAUUUUCAUCAAAAUGUCCACCAGUAGCACUAUUACAACCUGACUCUGUAACUGGGUGCAUCUCUUGGUGCUAAGAAUGAAGUGGUACUAGAGUCACAAACAGACAUCGCCAGUACCACCUUCAUGUCAAAUCAGUGUGCCAAAAUGAUUUCCAAAAAGUGCUACACAUACUCUCUAGUAAAACUGUACGAGAAAACAGCUGAAUUGGUUUCUCCAAGAUUUCCUAUGUGCCAUCCAGAGUCCGCUUAAGCCAAUUUUGCCAGUGUUGAUGAAACACUGUGGAGAACAUAGUUACUAAUUUCGUAUUGAGACCACAGAGAGCUAUAUAAAUAAAUAUAUAUAAAUAUAUAUUAAAAAUACAUGCAACUUGAAUUAGAAGGCAGAGAAACACCUUCUAUAUAAUGUCUAUGUAAUGCUCACAAAACUUAUCAUAUAAAUACUUAUUUUGUUUACUCAAAAAAAUCUAUGACAAAGUGUUUCUAUUUUCUAUUUAUCACAUUAAAGCCCAAUUAAAGUGGAUUAUAAAUCCACUUUUAUAAAAAUUAUAUUCAAAAUAAGCCCUGAUAAAGCAAUGUGCUGUAGGCAUGUGGAAUUCUAUUACCCUUAAAGAUUGUCCUCAUUCACAAUGGGGAAGGGAUGCCAACUUUGCACAUUCAGUGUUGUCCCUUCAUUGAACUUAAUGUGAACACCCUUCAAACUUAGGAGCUCUUUGCACAUGUAAAAGGUGCACAGCUAUGUGAAUGAAGAGCUUUAUUGAAUCCUGUAGGACUCAGAAGUAAACAUGCAUAGGAUUGUCCUACACAAGUCAUAUAUGCCUUCAAAGCCCUCAAAAUGGAUAGAAAUUAAGCAAAAUCCCAUCUUGGAACAGGGUAUAAAUUAAAAACAAAGCUAACUUGUGAACCAUCAUUCCAACUUACAAUUCUGUUGUUUGCACUGAUGUUACAAGAAUGGGUUUUGAAGUUAUGCAGCUGAUUGUUUUUCUUUGAAUAACAUUUUUCUUUUUCUUUUGAAUAUUGUGGCAGCAUAGAAGAUACAGAUUAGCUAUAGAAAUAAAGCAUAUGUUUGCAUUUGCCAAAGGUCACUGACAAAGAGUGCAUUUGCUGCAAUUGUGGCAGAUUUAGAGAAAUACUGUAGGUUAUGACUUAAACGUUUAAAAACCAAUUAAAAAGGUUACAGUGUAACUAUUUUGGUACUAGCCCCAGUUCAUGCUGGCAGAAGAGACAAUGGUUUAUGGACUUGCAUCCAUUUUGUAUUUUUGUAAUAUUUGUAAAUAUCAAUUUUUAAAUCGUUGCAAAGAUGGUUUCUUUUGUAAAAUGUUUUCAAAGUUUACAUCAAAUCCAAGCCUUUGUAUAUUUUAGAGCUGUGCAACACUUUAAGUCUUGUAUUUAUUUUUUAGUAAAAACAGUGACAGUUUCAUUGUGAACCCCCUUCGAAAAUAUGUCGGAAAAGUUUGAUUAUCUAGGAAGUGUGUAUAGAAACUGCAAAUAAACGUGACUGCAAUUAAA